GCGAUAGAUAUGAAGUUUUCCGGCCACAUUCAGCUCCGAAUCGGAGAAGCGGUGGACCUGAAACCGACCAACGUUUCCCGCCGCAACUCCAAGAUAUUUAUGAAGAGCGCCCCGAUGAGUAUGGACCCUUACAUUGUCCUCAAAGUGGACGACCUCAAAGUGGGACAAACCCACACCAAAACGAAAACCAACGCGCCCACCUACAACGAGGACUUCUCCAUCUCCGUGCGGGACGCACAACACAUUGAACUGGCCGUCUUUAAUGACACCCCCAUCGGCUACGACGACUUUGUGGCCAACUGCACCUUGCAAAUUGUGGACUUCAUGAAAAUCGCCAACACGGGCGAGGUCUACGAGGCGUGGGUGGACUUGGAGCCUGAAGGCAGCAUUUACGUCUUUAUUAAGCUCAAUGGAUCCUUCGUUGAUGACGAGGCCAUUCCACAACCCAAAAACCACAAGGAGUUUAACAGGAAGCGUCAUGGGGCCGUGAGACGGAAAGUCCAUCAGGUGAACGGACACAAAUUUAUGUCCACUUUUCUUCGGCAGCCCACUUUCUGCUUUCACUGCAAAGACUUCAUCUGGGGUGUUUUUGGAAAGCAGGGCUACCAGUGCCAAGUUUGUACUUGUGUGGUUCACAAGCGCUGCCACCAACAAGUCGUCACUGUGUGUCCACGCAUGAAAAGGUCACAGUCUGUAAGCCAGGGCUUCAGCAUCAACGUCCCCCACCAGUUCAUUGUCCACAACUACAAGUCACCCACUUUCUGUAACCACUGUGGAUCACUGCUGUGGGGAUUUGUCCGGCAGGGCCUGCACUGCAAAAUUUGUAAACUUAAUGUUCACAUCCGGUGCGAAGGAAAUGUGGCGCAAAACUGUGGCGUCAACACUGUUGAGCUGGGUAAAAAGCUGGCCGAGAUGGGAAUCCAACCUCCAGAAUUAUCUGCUAAAACCCCCCCAAAUAGUAUUUUCCUAUUGGAUUUGUAUGAACAGAUCAGUACAACUGUGACCAAGAAGCCCCCUGAAAGGAGGAAGACUGUGAAAAUGCCGCCGGAGAUCCCUCAAUUUGGCAUCUCUGACUUUACGUUUCUUCAAGUGCUCGGCAAAGGGAGCUUCGGCAAGGUCAUGCUUGCUAGACUCAACACCAGAGAUAAGGUUUUUGCCGUCAAGGUGCUGAAAAAGGACAUCAUCUUACAGGAUGAUGAUGUGGAGUGUACCAUGACUGAAAAGAGGGUUUUGUCACUGGCACACUUCCACCCGUACCUCACACAGCUGUACUGCUGCUUCCAAACUAUGGACCGUCUCUUCUUCGUGAUGGAGUUUGUAAAUGGUGGCGAUUUGAUGUUCCAUAUUCAAAAGUCCAGAAGAUUCGAUGAACCUCGGGCGUGUUUUUACACAGCGGAGAUCACCUCCGCUCUGAUGUUCCUGCACGGCAAAGGCAUCAUCUAUCGGGAUUUAAAGCUGGACAACGUUCUUCUUGACAAGGACGGCCACUGUAAACUGGCGGACUUUGGCAUGUGCAAGGAGGGCAUAUUUGAAGGCACUGCCGGUGCGAGAACUUUCUGCGGCACCCCUGAUUACAUUGCCCCGGAGAUCCUUCAGGAGAUGGUGUACGGGGCCUCUGUGGAUUGGUGGGCACUCGGCGUGCUACUGUACGAGAUGCUGCAGGGCCACGCGCCCUUCGAGGCUGAAAACGAAGACGACCUCUUCGAGGCCAUCCUCAAUGAAGAAAUUUCUUACGCCCCUUGGCUCAGUGUUGAGUCUGUCAAUAUCCUCAAAGCCUUCCUGACCAAAAAUCCGAACCGACGCCUUGGUUGCGUGGCAUCGGAGGGCGGAGAAAUGGCCGUGACCAACCAUGCCUUUUUCAAAAACAUUAAAUGGGAUAUGCUGAAUCGGAGAGCCAUCGAGCCACCUUUCAAGCCAAAGAUUAAAAUGCCAGAGGACGUAAACAACUUUGAUUCGGACUUUACGAGAGAGGAACCUACCCUCACGCCCAUCGACGAACCCCACAUCUCUGCCAUCAAUCAAGAUGAGUUUGAAGACUUUUCAUACACGUCACCCCAGAUGCUGGAGAACUAA